UUUGUAUUUUACCUUUUUUCCUAUAUUUGUAAACUAUUCAAAAUUCUUAAUAGUGAAAUAAAGGUUCCUUCAUUUUUUCAGCAUUGAGUAAGUUGUAUUUCUAUCUAGAUUGUGAGAUUUAUUCCUCAACACUGAAGUUAUCAUGAGUAAAUCCAGCGUUCGAGUGUAUGUCAGAUUGCGACCGGUCAUUCACGAAGAAAAUCAAGAACCUGAAGAGACUUGUCUGAGAACCACAAGUCAUAAUAAAGUAGAGCUUCUCAACUGGAGGGACACAAGAGAGACAUUGGAAUACACAUUCAAGCAGGUAUUUGCCGAAGAUUCCACCCAGGAGGAAGUCUACUGCACAUGUGUUCAACCUGUUUUGUCAAGAUUCAUUGAACAGAGACAGAAUGUUACAAUAUUUACUUAUGGACCAACUGGAGCAGGGAAAACUUUCACAAUCUUGGGAACCAAUGAACAUCCUGGUAUCAUACCAAGAACCAUACGGUCAUUGUUUAGUAAAGUUCGUCAAAUGACAACACAGGAUGACAACUUUUUACUCUCAAUGUCAUAUUUGGAAAUUUACCAAGAAAAGGUAUAUGAUCUUCUGAAGAAAGAAAAUAAAGAUCUCAACAUAAGGCAAGACCAAGAGGGAAAUAUAUUUGUUCCUGGUAUCACUCAACAGAAUAUUACUAACUUUGAAACAUUCGAAAGAUUGUUUAUUCCGGCAAGUGAAAACAGACGAGUCGCUGCGACAAAACUUAACACUAGAUCAAGUCGUUCACAUUCGAUCUUACAGAUACAGAUGAAAAGUUGGAACACAUCGAAACCUAACCAUCAUCAAAUUGCCAAACUUUAUCUUAUUGAUCUUGCAGGUUCAGAGGACAAUCGAAGAACUGGUAAUACUGGAGUUCGCUUGAAAGAAUCAGGAUCAAUCAACUCAUCAUUACAUGUCCUUGGUAAAGUGGUUGAUGCAUUAAACGCUGGGACAUCUGCUAGAAUACCAUAUAGAGAUAGCAAAUUAACAAGAUUACUUCAGGAUUCUCUCGGAGGUUCGGCUCACACAUGCAUGAUUGUGAAUGUUUCACCUGAGAUGUCUUCUCUACUCGAUACUCAUUCAACAAUGAAUUUCGCUACAAAGAGUAAAAACAUAAUUAACAGACCAUUCACACGUGAAACCAAGUCAGAGGUAGAAGAUAAGCCUGUAAUAAAACAGGAAACACAACAGAAAAAAACCUGUGAUUCACCUGCAGAACAAAAUCCCUUACCUUUUCUCAGCCCACUCAUAAAAAAGCAUGUCAGCAAAAUUGAAUCAAAGUUAUAUAGCAGAUUGGAAGAUCUUGAAAAAUUGGUUAUGAAAGCACAAAGUACUCGUAAUAUAGAAUCACAUCCAAAACCUUUUUUACAAUUAUCGGAUCAAGAAGAGAAAUUUAGGAAACACGAUGAUCAUUUAGAUGAAAUUAGGAAAUCUUCAAAGCAGUUUAAGUCUCUACAUUAUCAGCAUAAACUCCUAAAAGAAGAAAAAGAGAAUGAAAGAAAAAGGCAGUCAGAGGUAGUUGUGCAUGACGACUUUUCUCCAUUAUUAAUCAAGCGUAAGAAAAUUUCUACAGCUUCGAAGCUGAAUCUGCCUGCCAAAACUACGACUCUUUCGUUACAUCGUCGUACAUUACUUACUAUUGAGAAACAACAGUUAUCAAAAACGAGUCAAGAAAUUAUUACCAUAAAAGUACCAGCAGACACCAGGAACAUACAUGCUUCAAAAAUUUUAGAAAUCCUUAACAACGGAUCAGAAAAAGAUUUGAAAAAAUUGCAUGGAAUUGGGGGAGUUAGAGCUUCACAAAUAUUCAGUUAUCGUAAUGAGAAUGGAAGCUUUGAAAAUGUAGAAGACUUAGAAAAAGUUCUGCCAAAACAAUUUGUUCAUAAAUUUUUGGAAAGUACAUUGUUGCACAGCUGUCAUGUCCAAUUGCAAUGAAGAAUAAUAUCAUGUAUAUAGAAUGUUGUUUUGAUGAUUUUUAUCCUCCCUUUCCAAUAUCUUGUUAAAAUAUGAAUUUUAGAAUGAAUUGUUUGUAUAUUUAGACACUCUAAUCUGAAAAUAUUUUGAUACAAUCAUAUGAUACAACUGUUUCUAGCACUCAUGCUUAUUGCCUGCUAUUGGUCGAUUAGGAAUCAUGGCCGCUUGUAUAUAAGUCAAAAGUACUCUCCUAAAAGUGGAAAUUUUCAGAAAUGAAAUUUACCAGUUUUAUGAUAUGUUUGUAAUGUAUUAUUGUGUAUUUGUAAUAUAAUGCUAUUUAAACAGUUUGUUAAGACUUUACUUAUUAAACUUGAAUCGUUGAAUGUUUGA